UCCUUUGGCCCGCCAUUUUCUUGUUCAUAGCAUUUUCAUCUUCAGAUUAAAAAAAAAAAAAGCAGCUCCGCUCCUCUGAGCUUAACAAGGGAAACAGCCAUGCUCUUUACCACUCCCGAUUUCUUCUGUUCUUCUACUUCUAUGCUUUUUUCGCUUUUUCGAAAACCCACCGUUUUCCUUUCGGAAAAACCGCGAGUGAGCAGCUGGGUGAAUCGUCGAACUCGGUCGAGUAGGCUCUGUACAGCGAGUCUUAUUACCAGCCCCGACUCAUUCGAAGUGGGCCGACUAAUUGGUAGCUAUGGUUUCAUGAAUGUUACUAGCUAUUCAGGGUUCCAAUCAGGGGCAGAUCUUGAAUAUUCAUCUGGAGACUUGGGGCAAUUAAGAGUUCAAGAUGUUGGAGAAGGGAGUGUAAAAAUCAGGUGCAUUUCUACCAAUACAAGCAUGCACAUGGACACAAAUAAGCAGAAAAUGCUUUAUGAAGGAAGAAUAGCUCAGGGUCCAUUUAAAGGCACACCAGUGAUCUUUAAGGUUUACCCUGGACAACGAGCUGCUGGUAUUGAGGCUGAUAUGAUGGCGGCCAAUGAACUCAAUGCUCAUGCUUUCCUCCAGAGCAGUUCUGAAGGUAUAUGUAAGAAUCUUCUGUUACUUCUUGGUGGAUUUGAGACAAAAACAGGGGAGCAGUGGCUUGCCUUCCGCGAUGAUGGUAAAUAUAGUGCAGCGGACUUUGCCAAAUUAACUAGUGAGAAAAUAUUGAGAGCCCGUUCUCUAAAAGAGAAGUCUUGGAAUCCUUUUGAGCAAGAGCAAGCAUUUAAACGCAGAACAUACUUUGUCAUUAGGCUAUUCCAAGGUGCUAUGAGUGGUUUAGCCUAUAUGCAUAAUAAUGAAAGACUGCACCAGAGUCUUGGACCUGCUUCUGUUGUACUCAAUACAAUAGUAGAAAGAGAUGCUGCUUAUCUAGUUCCAAGGCUUCGAGAUCUAGCCUUUUCGGUUGACAUCAGGUUUUCAUAUUUGGAAGAAGGUCCUAGCACAUUCUUAGAGGAUCUUUGGAGAAGGGCAUCUUCUGCUGGUGCAUUGACACCUAUGGAGAGAAGAGCCUUUGGAAUUGCAGAUGACAUAUAUGAAGCAGGUCUUCUUUUUGCAUACUUGGCUUUUGUUCCAUUUUGUGAAGCAGGGAUCAUGGAUAGCCUUUCAGUGCAACGGCUUUUGGAAAGCACUUUCAAACUCGAUCUCAUGGCUACAAGAGAGUAUUGUUUGGCAGAUGACCGGUUGUUAGAAGCUGUCAAAUUUCUAGAUCUUGGUGAUGGUGCUGGUUGGGAACUACUUCAGGCAAUGCUCAAUCCAGACUUUCAAAAACGGCCAAUUGCAGAAGCUGUUGUCAAUCAUCGAUUCAUGACUGCUAAUGUUUUUUGAGUUCCAAUGAUUUAAGGAAAGUAACACCAAUAGUCAUGUCAAAGUAGAGAAGAAACAGAAGAGAAAGACCAUGCUAACCUAAAUGCCCGCGUAAGUAUGGCUAUGGACUUUACUUAUUGUAUGCAUAUGUGUCACAGUGGUUGCCUUUUGAAGGUUAUUAAAAUGGUAAGAUGGAAGUCUGAUUGAGCUUCGAGGGAUGAAGCUGGAGAUGACGAAAAUGUUGUCAUAUAAACCAUAUACGACUACGAGUUGUGAAUAUGCUUUUUUUCCUUUUGGGGUAUGUUUGAUUAAAUAGAUUUGUUCUGUACCCUUACCCUGGCUUGCCAUUGGAGAAUGUUGUGAGGCAGAUUAUUCUAAUAUAACGAAUGAGAAAAUAUCAAGAGCUCAUUCUGUAGGAGAAAAUUCUUGCUGUCUUUUGAGCAAGAGCAAACAAUUAAAUGCAGAACCAGGUGGCGGGGUGGUUCAAGAAUGUUGGACCAGCUUCUAACGCUCUCAUGUAUUAGGUUUGAGAACAUUCAUCUGAAAGUCAGGAUUUGUCUUGUUUAUAUGACAAUAGAAUUGUUUGUUUUUUCAUUGCAUGAUAAGUUAAUCAAGGCCUUUGUUCAUUGAUGGUUGUGUUAAAUGUCGAGGGAUAUGCUGUUAUCCCAAGACUUGGAGACCUAGCAUUUUAUUUUUUAACAAAAGAAGCCGUAAUCUGAAAUAAAGAAAAAAGUUAUAGGUAUUGAGAUUUAAACUUUAGAUUGAUUGAAUGUCAUCUCGUAAAAAUGAUUAUAUGAAUCAGUCAAGUUUUCCGUUUGAA